AUAUUUGGCGCAUGCGCACAUUAUAGUAGGUCUGCGUGUCAUGUUGAUGAAUUCUAAAACUGGGUAGUCAACAUGUCCACCGCUGCUGCUCAACAAAACAAUAACGAGGAGCCCGGGCUUCACGGCUCUUGGGUAGAGCUGGAGCUGAAUGGAAACAAAGGGGCCCAGGGCGUGCAGACCAACCUGCCAAUGACACCCACUGCAGACCAAAUAAACGCGAAUGCUGCCAUGAGUCAAACUCUACAGACAUUGGAAGUGGUGCCCGAGAGUGAUGAAACCCUGAUUGGAGGACUUGAGCAUGUGCCGUCAUCCUCAUCGAUCCACAAUGGAGACAUGGAAAAGAUCCUUCUGGAUGCACAGCAUGAAUCCAGCCAGAGUAGCUCCUCCUGUAAUAGUCCUCACAGGCCACCAAGUCCAGAUCAGGAUGAGGGUCAGAUAACUUUUGAUGUUGAGAUGUCCAGCCCAAGAGAUAGUCAGUCAGAGGACGACGGUCCAGAGAAGGACAGAGACGAAGACAUCCUGAUGAACAAAGAAGUAGACUGGGUCGCUGAUUGGUCGAGCAGACCGGAAAACGUUCCACCAAAGGAGUUCCACUUCAGGCACCCCCGACGUUCAGUAUCUCUCAGUAUGAGAAAGAGUGGAGUCAUGAAGAAAGGUGGCAUCUUCUCUGCUGAAAUCCUCAAAGUCUUCAUCCCUUCCUUACUCCUCUCACACAUCCUCGCUCUUGGCCUCGGGGUAUACAUUGGGAAGAGACUUGUCUCCACCAGCUCUUACUGAAUAGAAGAUGAAGCAGUGCCUGAAUGUUCUCCUGUCUCCAAUCCUCCUGUAGUCAAGCUGUUUCUCUGCAUCUAUCGUACGCCCACAUUUCCCUUCCAAUCAGCAACAAAUUCUGUCACAUAUGUAGAUGUAGUUAUAGAGUUAUACACUUGACGUAAUGUGGUUGCACUCCAUCACACGUUGACACAGGGCAACAUUGUACCCAGCAGCUGUCAUCAACUUGAAUCCAGUAGAUGUCUGACCCUGUUAGAGAUGCAAAAUAUUAGUCAUCCUGUUCAACUCAAAAAUAUGUGACAUGGAUUUGAUUUCUGUUGGCUUCAUGGUUGAUGUUUUCUCUACUUGUUUUGAUGUUAUGUCAUGAGAAAUCUGGCCUUCUCCCAAGCUGCAUCUCUCCACUGGUGUCAGUGGUAGAGUGCACAAACCAAAAAUAUGCACCAUAUCUUUAAAACAAAUAUAUUAAAUUGGCUCCGGGAACCCAGGGGACUUUUAUCGCCUUAACUUUUUAAGCUAAACAUUCAAGGUGCAGUUAUUCUUAUUUUUAUUUUUUUUGGGCGGGGGGGCAAAUUAUGCUGCACAGUGGGGUUACUUUUUAAUUCCACACAUCUUUGAGAAUAGAAGUUGUAUCAUGUUGACUCCUGGGGGUUUCUUUUAAAAGCUUUGCUCUUUGAAAGGUUGGAAAGCUUAAACAUUGAUCUAGUUUGUAGCUCCAAAACGUUACAGGGGGGGUUGUUUGAGUAUCUUAUGAUAGUGGAACCUAGGGCAGAUGGCAAUUUACCAGGCCAUAUGCUAUUUUUUUUUUUUUAUUACCUUUUGCCUACAUAUCUUCUUCUUCAACAUAAUAUAGCAGCAAUGGCAAAGUGCCAAAUUUUUACCUUUCACCACUGCACAUUGGUGAUCUAUCUUAGACUGUUGUUCAUUUUCUGAUUUGUUUAGGUAUUUAAAGUCGUAGAUGUGAAAAAUAAUUUAAGCUGUGAUCUUCCCCAUGUAAUAGACACCUUUUGACAUUGUAUAAUUUGUUCAUACAUUGAUAUAUUAGUGUAUAUUCUAUCAUUGUUAUUAGCAUUGUGCUAGUGUACGUAAUGUGCUGUCGUUUAAUUGCUGAAGCAUCAGUUGCAGAGGAAGGUAUUUCCAGGGGCCUCUUUACAGUGUUAUCUGACUUUAUGUCGAUUACACUGUGCAAUCAUUUCACAUAAUAUGAUACAAUAAAGUUAGUGUCCAACGUGUGUAGAUCUUCCAGAAGAACUAGAGUAGCUUUUCCUGAAGAAAAUGGACGUGACUGUAUAUUGAUGCUGAUUGGAUGACUGGAUGAUUCUUCUGUCAGUGUUUGUAAAUUAAUGACAUUAUAGAAUCAUAUGUAAAAUCAUUCACCAUAAUGUACAGUAUUCGCAGUAUUGGUUUGAAAGCUCUCAACGUGCAUUUAGGCUUUAAUGCAUUAUAUAACUCAUACUAACUCAUGAACUUUACAUGUCAUCAUAACAGGCUUAUGCACAGUUAAUCAGUGUGCAAUAACAUAACAUUUUGGAAUUUGAAUAAAGUUUGUACUGUAUACAGCGGCUGAGAUAUAAAUACAAAGAGAGUGGAUAGAUCUCCUUAGACCUUAAUGCAUUAUUUAAGUCAUAAUAAACUAAUAAAAUGACAUAUCAUCA